AUGACAGUGCUGUGGGGCCUUGCUGCAGGGCACGCAGCGCCCGCUGUGGGCCGAUGUACUCGUUCCGGCGCCCGAACGUGCAGUUAUGUGUCAUGUCAUCCACCAGCGGCGCGCAACGGAUUCGUUCGACGACGAAUCCGCGCGAACGAGAGGCCGGGGCGCCCUACCUGCCAACCUCCACCGCGCCGCGCGUGCCGCGCCGUCUCUGCGGCCGCCGGCGGCCACCACGCAGCAGAACGAUACUUCAACACGCGUGUCGGACCCAUUGUGGUGCGGCGGCUCAGAAGGGAGCGCGUGGACGAGGCAACUGCCCUGCUGGAAAGGGCCUUCAAUGGGUUUGGUACCAUUUCUGAGUCGGAAAUGAGAGACAUAUUCGAGGAGCUGUGUUCGGAGGACGGCACCGGGGUGGCGCUGGCGGCGGACCGCGCGGACGACGACGAGAUGGUCGGCGUCGUGUGCUUGUACCUCGACGAGCGCCACGUCUUCCCCCUGCAGGACGCGGCCUACUUGUCCAACAUGGGCGUCGCGCCAGAGUGUCGCCGCGCCGGCGUCGCGUCGCGCCUGCUCCGCGCGGUGGAGGACUACGCGGCGGCGGCGGGGCGCGAGCGCCUCUUCCUGCACGCCUACAACGAGGACGCCCCGGCGCUCGGGCUCUACAGCGCCGCGGGCUUCCACCUCGUGGUGCGUGAGGUGGCGGACGGGCACAAGCCGCGCCCGAAGACGCUCAUGAUGAAGCACCUGCGGCACAGAGAUUCGGCGAGCGAGGGGGGCGCGCGGGACGGCGUCGCCGGGGGAGUGACACCCCGAGUUGUGCACGUGCCAGGCCAGCCGGGACUACGUGUCAGCCUUGGCGCGACGGGCGUGCGGGCGACGGCGGGCGCGUCCGAGGCGGGCGGCGGAGGCGGGGCGCGGCGGCCUGCGGCGGACCCUGCGUGGGCGGAGCGCUUGGCGAAGCUCAAGUUCAGGCAGCCCCUGGACGGUGGCGGGCACAUCACGUUCGGCUUUGACGAGGAAGGGAACCUGCGCUGGGAUUGA